UUCAUUCAAAAUUGUAUUUUUUCAAUGAUUUGCAAAAUAAAAGUUAACAGCAAUAACCCCAACCUCCAUCUCCUAAUUUUUAUUUUCCCUCAUUUCCUCACAUACUAAAUGCCAAAUCUCAAUUUGAACUACUGAAGAACAUAGGAUAUAUAUUAAAAUUAAAGUUAAUGUAAACAUUUACUUUUUAAAAAAAAUAAUAAAGAUACAAGUAACAUACAUUCAGAAAAAUAAGUACUAAUGACUUAUAUUAUGCAGAGUGAAAUGAAAUACAUUUUGAAGAUCGCGCAAACAUUGAAUUUUCAAACAUAAGGAAAUGAAUAAGUGGCCUAACAUAAAUGAACAAAUACAAGUCCAAAGUGCACAUUGACAGCUAAGAUGUUCUGAACCGCCUAUCAGAGUAAAUAAAACUAAAUAUGAUAAAUAAGCCUCCUCAACUCUUUUGUUGCUCUUAUAAGAUUUGAUCCAUUUUAUGUUGCAUUGCCCUUUUUUGUCGCAUCAGUUCAACAAGCUUUUUUUCUUUUUUUUCUUCUUUUUUUUUUUUUUGCUGUUCCAGAAAACAUGCACAUUUGAACCAAUCAGAGCUAACCAUUUCUGCUGAUCACAUGUCAGUAUGUCAGCCAAUUGAACGGAUAAACGAGUCUAGGCAUUUUGCUUUGCUGCGUACAUUCGCACAUUGACGUGACUCAUCAUCUUCUGACUCAGUUAAAUGUAGCAGCUGGGGAAACUUCCAUGCCGUCCAUAGAAUAAAAUCAAAAAUAGAUAUUGGUGGAAACGGAUUACGCUACACAAGCACUUUAUUGUGCUUGUUGUUAACACUUGUGUAUGUAAAUCUAAUGUUGGUAGAUUGUUUUCUUCUUGGAGCUGCAAUGCAUGUGUGGCAGCUUAGCAUUUUUUUAAAAUAUUUUUUUUUACAUAGCGUUUUGACAGUUGUUGUCAUAUUUUCAGAAUCAAAUCACCGUGUACAGCAUUCUGGCCCUGAAUAUUAUACCGGAACAGCAUUCCGUCCCUGAGUCUUACACUGGAACUGCGUUCUGGCCCUGAAUCUUAUACCGGAACUGCGUUCCUGACCGUUCUGGCCCACUUUCACCCCCGGUUAUUCUUACUUUUGUUCCAAGCAUUGACGUCCGUGCAUUGAAUUUGAUAUUAAUAACGCCACCACCAAUAUGGACGCUAAGUAAACCACACAGUUACUAACUCAGGAAACAGAUCAACAACCUUCCUACCGUUCUAACUGUAGGUAUAACAUGUAGUAUAUAAACAGCUUGAUGCAAAAAGUCGAGUGAGUGGCGGUAAUAAUCAACAGUCGUCUUAAAGCAGUGGACUUCACUGGGGGGUUCUUUGGCAACAAACCUAAGAUGAGUGAUUUUCUCCACUAAAAUACUCUUAAACCGUCGAAAUAUUGACCGAUUUUCUAACGGUUUGCUUUAUAACUAUCUUUAUUUACUUUGCUAUAAUUCAGGAUGGAUGUUGAAAAAAAAGACAUCAUUAUUUUAAGUAUGCAGUCAGUUUACUGCAUCUCUGACGAGCACUUUAUGGCUAUUUCAAAGUAGAUACUCUUUCGAUUAUAAUGUUAUGUUCAUUGAAGGGCACUGACACAAAAUGGCCGACAAGUGAUAACGACCAUCCCAAUUGGGUUAUAGCGUGCAUUACGUACCUAGCUCUCUAUGAUUUUGGUCUUGAAUUUGAAAUGCUGUAACAAUCAACAUACAGUAUUUGCAUAAGGUACAUAUAUUUACACAUUUGUAUUAAUAAGACUGUUAAAGUCUUACAAACGCGUAAUUUUACUAUACAUUUAAAACAUUCUGAAAAGCAUGCAGUAAACGAGGGAUGACUUACUGUACUACUUACGCCAACUUUUCAAAUAGACUCAACAACUGACAAGAAGUUAGUGAUAUUUGGCUUUCAAGAUGAAUCUGAAAUGCACUCUAACCUUUCCAGCGAAAAUUUAAUUUGACCCUCCAAACUUUUAAACCUUCUUCUCCAACUUGCCAAUGCUUAGGGAUUAUUUUCAUAGUUUGCUGUUCUCUAGGAUCUGAAAGGCAAAAUUCUUUUUAGUAACGGUUAGGAUACACUUGCAGAGAUAAUGCCUUCUCCUUCUCCUCCUUUUUCCCUUCUUGCUUUCUGUUCCCUGAUUGCCUUUCGUGCUAUUAAAUGGAGCAGUUCAUUAGAUGGCGGCAUUAUGAAUCCCAUUUGCAUUCGCCCAUAUUCAUAUUGCAUACAUUAAAAACAACACACGCGUGACAUUUCGGCUUCGGCGGGCAUUUGAGCACACCAAUGAAUAUAUUCAUGACUCUCCUCGACCCCGUUUUUAAAAAAAAGAGAAAAAGCCCAUUAUAAAAUCUGAUUCGCAGGUGAACGGGCACAUGUGUUUGCCUUUUGUUUGCAUUUUCAAAGUCAGCGCAGAGGUUUAAACAAUAUGUCGAGAGAUACGAUCGAACAACCGCCAAAACAAGUUAGUUUGUGGGCAGUUUUAGACUGGCAAAGUGAUACACCAGAUUUAAAGUCACCUGUCACAUUUUUUAAUACUAAUUAAUGAUUGAGUCUUAUUAAAAGGGGAGACAAACACAACACAAACUACUACUACUGAAAUUGUGUAUAAAAAUAAUUGGCUGGACAGAGUUGAGACCUGAUGACUAUGGGUGUGCCAUUUUAGGCACCCCACGAUUCGAUUCGAUUACGAUUCAGGGUGGUACGAUUCGAUUAUUGAACGAUGAUCAUGCGUAUUGACGACGAUCUCGAUUAUCACGAUUAUCGAUGCAUCGUGCGUUACUAAUUAAUACAGUAGCCAAACAAAUUUAUGUCCAUUAUUUAAAAUAUCCUAAUGAUUCAACAGGAACGAUGAAAACAUGCCCAUACAACAAUAAACUGCCCUUAAGCUGCUUUAAUUAUUUAAAAAAUUUUUUUUUUUUUUUUUACAAGAAAGUGCAAAAACAUUGACCAUUUUGAAGGGAGUACUUAUUUCUCUCGACAAUACAAUAAAAUUUACACAGGUGGAAUGAAUUCCACAUUUUCUGGAAACAAAGUGUCUUAAGAAAGACUACUUUUAACCAAUAUACUUUGUUUUCACAGAUUUCUGUACUAUUUCACAUAUUUGCAGUGUUACCGCUGUACUUAAUCAUUGCCUUACACGUUCUGCAAAUGAAAUACACGUUAGCGAAUUAGCUAAUUAGCUUAGCGCUCGGCGCUAACUAUUAACAUCUCAAAAACAACAACAAUAAAGGCUAAACAGUACAAGUGGAUUCGUGUACUCACCUUUUAUAGAUGCACACGGGUCUUAGCAACACACUCAGGACAUUUUUCAUUUGAAAUGCCUUAAAACUAAUGCUAGACUAGGGUGACCAUAUUUUGAUUUCUACAAAAGAGGACACUCAGCCCAGCCUCAGCCCGGCCUCAAGAUACUUGAAUUUUACUCGAAGUUCACUCAAAGAUGCCUAUAUCACUUUAAUAUAUUUAAAGUGUGCCCCCUCACUCUGGAUGGAAUGCAGUUUGAAAAAAAAUGACUUAAAAAAAAAAAUAUAUAUAUAUAUAUAUAUAUAUAUAUUCAUAUAUAAUGCAGACCCAUAGAAAUGUAGUCCAGUCAAUACACAUACACACAGUAGGCUAUGUGCCAACUAAACAUUUUUAUAAAUUACUAUCACGACAAUUGUCCUUGACAAAUUGUUAUUCCCAUUCAAUUGAUGUUCUCAUUCAAUGUUCUAGAUUGCACACAAACCAAAACCGAAAUAAACUGACAAACUAUUCAAUCAGCAUGUUUCCAAAUGUAGCAGUUCAAAACUACGUUUCCCAUAAUGCCUAGCGCGGUUUAGCUUACUGAUAGCUAGCUGAGGCAAAAAUCAAACUUUGCUAUAAAAGUUUACAAUCAUCGGCAGCGCGCCGAUGCGACACCAAACAGGAUUUUACAGUCAAAGCUCAGACAGAAGUCAACAGUUGCCAUUAUAUACGUAUUUAUCAUUUUAAAAAAAACAAAAAAAACUUUAGGCAUUGUGGCCAAAUCGUCAACCCAGUAGAUGGCGGUAAUGCCUCAUGAUAGGGGUAAACUGACAACAAAAACAAGAAGAACUACUACUUCCCUCCAUUCUCGUAGGAGCCAUGUCAACUUCUGCCACCCAGCGGUCGGAGAGAUUCUCUUCAAAUUGGUCCCGUGAAUAAAACUAAAAAAAUUCAUAAAAAAUUGACAUUUUUAUGAAUUUAUAAAACCCGCCCGGACCACGAGGACACUACGUGAAAGUAGGACUUGUCCGGGCAAAAGAGGACGUUUGGUCACCCUAUGCUAGACAUCUGAAAGACAAGGAGCAACGAACUAUCUCUCUUCCCUUCUUGCUCUAAAAAAUAACUUGCACUUUUGUGCCUGCCUGCCUGCCUGUCUCAUUGACAAAUUUAUUUUCCAGUCUUUUAAAAAGGAGUAAAUCUCUCUCUCAUUAACCGGUGUUCUGCCAAAAUCUCCUACAUCGGCGAAACGUCCCACAUUGGUCGAAUUUGACACCCAAAGUACUACCGUGCGCUCUAAACUUGUUUUGUUUGGAUGCAUACAGGAAUAACGCACUAAAAAAUGCCUGCAGAAAAUUAGUAGUUAUAUCAAAUAAGGACCGUUCAAAUACGCUACGUGACUAAUGUGGUCAACUGCUUCAAAGCUUAACACAAAAAAACCCCACAAUGGUUAAAAGUAUGAGAGGAUAAUACAUGCAAAAAGUAUCUUUGAGGUAGUGAAAAGGUUCUAAAUAACGAAAUAAAAAAAUAGUGAGUACUCGCUGCUUCUAACCGAUGUGCGCAUGCGUGUGGAUGCUUGCGCAAGCGCGCUGAGCAUUGCGUAACAUGUUUCGCCGCGUAGUAAGGAACGGCCGAACACCGGCAGCAUUCAUCGUAACAUGCAUGCGCCCAUUAACGGUGCCCGGGCGGCAGAUGUGUCUUGAAAUUCGUUCGGCUAUGAGCAGCUGACAUAAAGUUAUGAAGGAAAAUCAUCGUUUUUGAACCUUUAUGAAUCAUAAUCGAAUCGUCACAUGUCGAAUCGCGAUGCAUGUAAUAAUCGACCUCUACUGAUAACAUUGUUGAAGACGGAAACCGACAUGCAACGUAUAUUGCAUAUGGUGGACAAUUUUGGUGGAGUUUUUGGUGCAAAAUACAGUCAUUGAUUUUUAUCGUGCGAUAAAUCGGAAUACGAAGUUGAAAGUAGGGUAGAACAGGAAAGAAAGUCCUAAAGAAGAUGUUUCUCGAGUAAUUAUAUUGUUUGAGUGUAGAAUGCACCAUUCACGUGGGCCAAAUGGAGACAGUCUUUCCAGCCUUAUACUAUGGUUAGCAUUAGCUUUCAGGCGGCAAUGGUUGCUGAGUGCUUUGUGUUCGAGCAAUUUCCCUACACAUCAAUUACCAACCAUCAUUUUGGUGCAAAAUGACCAAUAUACUUUGAAAAAAAUAACUAUAAUUUUUUAAAUUUAAACAAUGUUUAAAUAAUACCAAAAAUGCAUUGAGAUCACAUUGGAUCGAAACGAUACGCCUGUAGGCCUACUUACGACACUUCUGGUAAAUUGCUGAUGCCGAUGGCCAACAGCAGGGUCUUAAAAUUGGGAUUAAAACGACUACUUUAGUCUAUUUUAUGGACAAAACAAAGGCAAGUACUGUAAACAUAUAUAUGUAUAAGUCAACUUGUGUUAUUGAAGGCCUUAACCAGAGUUUAUCUGUGUUUUUAAAUUCAACAAAUCAACGACGAAACCUAAAUAUGCCCCCAAAACAAUUGGAAGUGACCCAGAAAAGCCUCCAAAUCAAAAGGAAAUGACCUGAAAUGUCCUAAAAUUAACAGACAUGAACCAGUAAGUGACCCAAAACCAAGAGGGAGUUAACAGAAUAGCAUGAAAGUCUUCCCACACGAUUUAUUCAGGAACUGCAUCAAUCAUUAAUGGUAAAAAUGAAAGUUUACUGAAAGUUUUUUUAAAUGACCAAAAAUAGUCACUCGCUCGACAAAGGGUUAAACCCCAUAGAGCAUGUGUUUUAGCUGCAAUAGAGGAGGCUGGAAAGGAGUAACACACCAAAACAAUUCACCCGUCCAGGCUCUGUUUUGACGUCAAAGAGCAUCAUACCAUACGUGCGAUUAGCUCCGGUUCCAUUCUUCCAGUUGCUCUUGUUACCGCCCUCCUCCCGAGCUUGGGGCGUUUUGCUCUUUGUGAUCUCAUUUGCAUUGUGCGCUUGGGUAUGCUCGUGACGCAUCAUCAAUCUGAUUCAUCCCGAGCUGCCCGGCUCUUCUGUUUGCCCUCUUUUAACUGUGUUUGUGUCCUUGUCGCGUUGGAUGCGACGUACGGACGUGAGCGAGGGGCCCGAGCCGGGCCGGGCCACCGCCUGGGGCUGCUGAGCUGAGCUGUGCCGGGAGAAGUCGAGCGCCGAGAAUGCGCUGGGUCACCCUGGCCGUGGCCCUGGGGUGCGCGGCGGCGGCGGGUCUGGCCCGGGCGUCGCACGGCGGUCCCACCCCAACCCCCACCUCCACGCACACCCCCCUGGUGGACAACUCCGAGGAGGAAGUGGAUGAGCCCUGCUUCGAGCCGUGCACGUGCGAGGUCAAAGAGGGCGUGCUGCACGUGCACUGUGAUGGACGGGGCUUCACCAAUGGCAGCCAGGUGUCGCAGUCGUGGGUACGCCCUUUCAAACUGAACCUCCAGAGAAACUCGCUGAGGCGUCUCUAUAGCAACGGGUUCCAGCACCUUGGCAACGCCGUGUCGAUAAACCUGGGCAACAACGCUCUACAGGACAUCCGAGUGGGCGCCUUCCAUGGCCUGGCAAAGCUGCGACGCCUCUACCUUCAUGAGAACAAACUGGAGGUCUUCAGGAAUGACACCUUUGCCGGUUUAGAAGCUCUGGAGUACCUCCAGGCUGACUACAAUGUGAUUAAACGCAUUGACAGCGGCGCUCUGAGGUUCCUUUUCAAGCUGCGUGUUCUCAUACUCAACGACAACCUAAUCCCAGUCUUACCUGCUCAUCUGUUCAGAUCUGUGUCGCUGACUCAUCUGGACCUGAGGGGUAACCGACUAAAGAGUCUGGCAUACACAGGGACCCUGGAAUACAUUGGCCGCUCCCUUAUGGAGAUUCAGUUGGAGGAGAAUCCCUGGAACUGUGGCUGCGAGGCGGUGCAGCUGCAGCAGUGGCUGGGCCAGAUCCCCUAUACAGCAGUGGUGGGGGACGUUACCUGCGAGUAUCCCUUCCACCUUCACGGCAAGGACCUGAGGGAGAUCCCUCGCAAGGAGCUUUGCGCUGAGCUCCCGGAUAAAGACUUGCAAGCAGAGGGCGGUAAAGCCUCAGGGGGCACGCAGCCUCAACAAUUGCCGUCUAAUUCCAAGCCCAACUCCCACCCGGGAAGGGUUAGACCGACCAAACCCUCCUCCAUGGUGCAUGGCUCUCGUCAUAACACUCACACUUCCUCCACGUCUUCGUCGUCUUCUUCUGCUGAGCGCCGGGAACGAGAGAGGUCUCCGCGGCCCACCAAGAGGCCUAGGCCUUCCAGGACAUCUCCCACAUCACGAAGCCCUAAUCAAAAUCCUCCCGUGGCGGGCUACCAAACCCGGCCGCCCAUCCCCAUCAUCUGCCCACUGGGCUGCACUUGCAACCUUCAUAUCACUGACUUGGGUCUGACCGUCAACUGCAAGGAGAACGGCUUCCUCAACGUGUCACAGUUGACGCCGCGACCGCUCAAUGGACGCAAGCUGUACCUGAGUGGAAACCUGAUCCAAAGGAUCUACCGAACCGACUUCUGGAACUUUUCCAGCUUGGACCUGCUACACUUGGGGAGCAACCGCAUCUCCUAUCUACAAGAGGGCGCCUUCUCCAGCCUCACCAGCCUGAGGAGCCUCUACCUGAACGGGAACAACCUGGACAGGCUCAGCCCUGACAUGUUCCUAGGGCUGCAGAAUCUCAGGUACCUUUACUUUGAGUACAACGAAAUCCGGGAGAUGGACCGGGGCACCUUGGACUCCAUGCCGUCCCUCCAGCUGUUGUUCCUAAACGCCAACCUUCUAAAAAGUCUUCCUCUGGGCCUGUUUUCCGGUGUGACGCUGUCUCGUCUGAACUUGAGGAACAACCACCUUCUGCAGCUCCCCAUGGAGGGUGUACUGGAGCACCUAACAGGCUUGGUGCAGGUGGACCUGCAGCAGAACCCGUGGGAGUGCAACUGUGAAGCGGCGCCUCUAAAGCGCUGGCUAGAGGGUCUCAGCGCUGUGGUAGUAGUGGGCGAGGUAGUGUGCCAUUCACCCGAAAAAAACAAAGGUGUGGACCUGCGCUCCCUCUCCAUGGAUCUACUGUGCCCAGAGCUGGAGCCCCAGGAGGACCGAGAGCAGCGUGCGGUCACUUCCACCGCGCCCGACGGAGGCACGUCGCUCGGCCGCCCCGAACCAGAGUCGGGUCCACGGAUCCCACCCGGGAAGGAUUCCAUCCCGCUUUCCGUUCUGGUUCUCAGCCUCUUGGUUCUGUUUGUGUCAGCGUUCUUCGCGGGUGCGGCGCUCAUUGCGUAUACCCUGAGGCGACGGGACAAGUUGCCGUUCCGUCGCCAGGGUGAGGUGGAUCUAGCCGGCAUCCAGAUGGAGUGCGGCAUCUUCACCGAGGGAACGCACCAUCAUCACCACCAUCACCAUCACCACGGAUUGGCCGAGACCCCGCCCCAACACAACCACGUCUACGACACCAUCUCGGUGGCCAAAAGCCCCGAGGAGAAGAAAGGUGGGGUGCCUGGCGAAUAUCGCUCCCCGACAGAGAAAGAACGUGAAUGGACCCUCCGGGUUAGCUCGUCCCCCAUCAGCACCGUGGCCGGCACUGUUGGACCGCUGGCACCUGGCCUCCACGAGAACGGCAUCCUUUGCCCAACUGUUAUUGACAGCCAGGGCCCCACACCCAAGGUGGAACUGGUGGACUGCCUCUUUAGAAUCCCCUCCCCUGACUUCCGGGACCUGGCGGACAGGUACGCCAGACCGCCGCCCCGCUAUCCCCACCCGCAGGAUGCCCAGCUGCAGGACGUCGCCUCCGCCGUCGGGUCACAGACGCGUGCGGUCACCACGGUCUCUGCCGGGACCGAGCAGCUGGGCGAGCAAGGAGCUCGACUGAUGACCACACCGGACUACAUGGAGGUUUUGGACCGCUCUUACCAAUUUUAGCUGCCUACCUCUUCUUUGGAGGUUCUGUACAGAAGCUGGCGAGGAGCCCGUUGGGCGGGGGGACUGCACUACAAACUACAGUAUUCCUGGAUAACAAGCUGGGUCACUUUUUUUUGCCCUGCGAGGAUUAACGGUUGGUUUCCCGGAUCUCCGCUUGAAGGGAUGACUCGGGCUGAGCUUUGGUUGGGAAAGAGUUGAAAGGUUUUCACGCCGAUGGCAGCACUUUGCAACAUUUAAUGCGGGAGUCGGGGAAAUCACAGCUAAAAGUGCCUUAGCAACGAGCAGCCAGCAAGUGUGGGCAAUGCUUAUUUUUCUAAUGAAUACAGAUCUACAAUAUUUAUCUAAGCCACUACAGGAUGGAUGGAAUGACCAAUCAGAUUGGAAGAGGAGGACCUCAAAAAAUAAAACUGAAAGUGGAAUGUUUAUAUUUUUUGUGUCAUCCCAUUAAAAUCCUUUCCAUUUGAAUUGGGUAUUAGGCUGCAAAGUGUGGAGAUGACAUUUUUAUUAUUAUUAUUAUUAUUAUUGUGUGAAUGCUGAAGAGCUCAUUGAGGGUUAUUUUUCUACAUUCACAAAAUUCUUCGUGGUCAUAUCAAAGAUUGUUUAUGACAAAAUUCCACAAUUUAGGAUGAGAUUUUGCAAAUCUACAUAAACCUUUGACAUUUCUCAACCAGGGGAGUGUCAGAAUUUUCCACAUUCCCAAAUUUCCCACAAAUGAUGCAAAUUUAAUGCCAUAUCCCCAAAUUUAGAUAUUCUAGAAAUGUGACAAACCCUGCUGUAGUUGUCAUCAAUUGAAAAUAUUAUAGUCUCACAACGGGAAUUUUUCCCCAUUUACCAACCUAACCCUUUAAAAAGCAAGGGAUUAUUUUUUUGCAAACAAAAAAAUCUAUCUGUCCACGCUGUCCACAACUGGAAUAUAAGUAUGGCCUGCAUGAGCCAAAAUAUGAUUUUCACACAUGUAAUUAAUAUAAUGAUACCGAUUUUUUAACUUAUUAACUAAUUAUUAAUCUUUGUGUUUUAUAUAUUUUUAUGAAUAAAUAAAUCAUAAAUUAAUUAAAUGUUAAUUAAAUACAAAAUUCGUCAACUUAAAAUAAACAAAAACAGAAAUACACACUGGUUAUGGCAACCAAUAAGAAUCUCAAAGCAACACUUGGUAACUUUUCAGUUUUAUUCGAUUUUAGCGACACCGGUGGACAAAAGCGGUAGUGUUUUUCCUUAAGGAAAACUGCGUUUCCCAUGAGGACCAGCGCACACUCGCAUAGUGUCGUAAAAUCAUGAUGGUCACCUGCAAAUGGAUUAAACAACAUUUCGGUUUCCAGCGGCUGUGUGAAAGAUGGUAAUAAGGUUAAACAAUAGCAUAUGACGGUUAGCAACUCGUUAGCAAAUCGUCAGCGCUGACGAUUUCAGGGGGGUUCACGCCAGCGAAUGAAAGCCGGGCCAAUGUUUAUUCUGUAUAUCCUGGUAGCUGCCCUUUAUUUUUCCUCCUCAGACAAAACUUUUUGUCUGUUGCUCUGCCAUCUUUGCAAAUCUCACGCAAAAAAAGCAUACACUUCCAUCUUUAUAAUGAAUGGGAAAAGGAGGAAUUGACGUAUGCCGUAAAGCAGUCAGCACAUUUGUAGGUUUUUUUUUGUGUGUGUGGCAGAGUUCCUGCCACCCUCCUCAAAGUCAAUUAGUGCCGGUGAAAGUGAUACAGACUCCCUUUAAAAUAAAAAGAGGUGUCAUUCAACUAGUUUUCAGUCGACAUAUCAUCACAAAUGUUAUGAAAAUAGUUUAUAAAGGAUGAAAAGUUACCUAGUGUUGCUUUAAGUUGAUUUUAUCGAUUUUUAUAUAUAUUAAGGGUGUCAAAAUUAUCGCGUUAAUGGGCGGUAAUUAAUUUUUUAAAAAUUAAUCACGUUAAAAUAUUUGACGCAAUUAACGCACAUGCCCCGCUCAGACAGAUUUAAAUGACAGUACAGUGAAAUGCCCACAUGUUGUGUUCUGUGGAGUUUUGCCGUCCUCUGCUAGCGCUUGGGUGCGACUGAUUUUAUAGGCUUCAGCACCCAUGAGCAUUGUGUAAGUAAUUAUUGACAUCAACAAUGGCGGGCUACUAGUUUAUUUUCUGAUUGAAAAUUUUACAAAUUGUAUUAAAACAAAAACAUUAAGAGGGGUUUUAAUAUAAAAUUUCUAUAACUUGUACAAACAUUUAUCUUUUAAGAACUACAAGUCUUUCUAUCCAUGGAUCGCUUUAACAGAAUGUUAAUAAUGUUCAUGCCAUCUUGUUGAUUUUUUGUUAUAAUAAACAAAUACAGUCCUUAUCUACCGUAUGUUGAAUGUUUAUAUCCAUCUUGUGUCUUAUCUUUCCAUUCCAACAAUAAUUUACAGAAAAAUGUGGCAUAUUUUAUAGAUGGUUUGAAUUGCGAUUAAUUGCGAUUAAUUACGAUUAAUUAAUUUUUAAGCUGUAAUUAACUAGAUUAAAAUGUUUAAUCGUUUGA